CCCCCACUUUCUUCUUCCUCUGUAACUGUCGGAGCCGGCGACGCCUCCUCCGGUCUUCAUCUCUCUUCCCUGAACAUGCUCUUCCACCAUUUCCCACAUGGCAACUUCCGUCACCCAGAGGAGGAGCCUUUAUACCGUCACCACCCUCUUGUUCCUCGCCUUGUUUCUUCUCACUAUGUUCGUUUUUAGCAGAAGAGCUCUAGAAUCCGCCCUCUCACUUCGUCCUGAUAUCUUCUUUCGAGCUUCCCCUUCUCUCCAAGAUUCUCCAAUCUCAUCUUCUGAGCACACUGCCACUGCCUUGAAUUUUACUUCUGACCCGGGAAAUGUGGAUUCUCCAUCUAACCACUCUGUUUAUAAGAAUGUUCAAACUGGACCGGUUGAACUCGAUUCUAACUCUGCUGGGUUCGAUAAAGAAGAAUCUGGUAAUGAUAAGAAUGAGAAAGCUUCUGACAGCAAAACCACUGUCUCUAGUGUGGAUAGUCUUCGCGAGUCUGGCUCGGAUAAUGAGAUUUCUGUUAAUAGUCCGAUCGAACCAGUUUCUGAUAAGGAAUUGAAUGUGACAAUGGCGGGUAAUGAUCGUGUCUCAGGCAUCGACAAUGAAGUUUCUGGUCGCGAUAAGAAUGGCGCUGAUUCUAAGAACGGGUCCACCGACGCAAUUGCGGUUGAUGUUCACGAUUCUAGCACUGAUGGUACUGACAAUGAAGUUUCUAAGAAUGAUGCUGAUAAUGUAACCACUGGCAAAAUAGCUGAUAAUGUCGGCGAUCCCGCGUUGGAGAAGCAGUUGAAGUGUGAUUUGUACACUGGAACUUGGGUGAAGGAUGAAAAUUACCCAAUUUACCGACCGGGUUCUUGCCCUUAUGUUGACGAAGCUUAUGAUUGCCAAAUCAAUGGAAGGACUGACACAGAUUAUACAAAAUGGCGGUGGCAGCCUGAUGGCUGUGAUCUUCCCAGGUUUAAUGCCACAGACUUCUUGGUAAGACUAAGAGGUAAAAACUUGAUGCUGAUAGGAGAUUCUAUGAAUCGGAAUCAAUUUGAAUCAAUUUUGUGCAUGCUCCGUGAAGGUCUUCAAAAUAAGAGCAAAAUGUAUGAGACCCAUGGGUACAAAAUAACCAAAGGACGGGGUUUCUACAUUUUCAAAUUUGAGGACUAUAACUGUACAGUACAAUUUGUGAGAUCUCAUUUCCUUGUGAGGGAAGGAAUUCGUAAAAAUGCACAAGGGAACUCAAACCCAACAUUAUCAAUAGACCGGAUUGACAAGACGUCUGGCCGUUGGAUGAGGGCUGAUAUUCUUAUCUUUAACACUGGGCACUGGUGGACCCAUGGAAAGACUGCUCGAGGGAUAAAUUAUUACAAAGAAGGUGAUUAUCUUUAUCCACAGUUUGAUUCAGUUGAGGCAUACAGAAGGGCUCUAAAGACCUGGGCAAAUUGGAUUGAUCGUAACAUCAAUCCAAAGAAACAGAUAGUCUACUAUCGUGGAUAUUCUUCUGCCCAUUUCAGAGGUGGAGACUGGGACUCAGGUGGGUCAUGCCGGGGUGAAACCGAUCCAGUUUUUACUGGGACGAUCCUUAACAGCUAUCCGGAAAAAAUGAAGAUAGUGCAAGAAGUGAUUAGGGGGAUGAAAGUUCCGGUGAAGUUAUUAAAUGUCACAAGACUGACCAAUUUCCGCAAGGAUGGCCACCCAUCUGUAUAUGGAAAGUACACAAUUCCAGGGAAGAAAGUAUCCACAAGAAAGCAAGAUUGUAGCCAUUGGUGUCUUCCCGGGGUACCUGAUGCUUGGAAUGAGCUCAUUUAUGCCACUUUGGUUCUUCACCAGACUAGGACAACUAGUUAACACCUUUUGUUUUUCUCUUAAAAAAAAAAAUUAUUUGUUAUUUAUUAUUUAUUUAUUUUUCCCCGUGUUUUAGGCAGGAUAUGUCAACUACAAAAGAUUGAGGUAGUGCAGCAAGGGGGCAAAAAAAAAAAAAAGGACUUCCCCCUUGAAUUUUACUCUUGACAUAUCUUCACGUUUAUUUCCUGUCGGAUUUUUGUUGGGAUUUCUUAUUUAUUACACAUGAAGAGAUAUAGUCGUUGCCCAUA